AUGGAAGGAUGCAAAAAGCGGAUUUUGAAGGAAUUUCUUGUCCAAAUUUUAGAUUCCCCAAAGGAUCGCGAACAUUCCAAGUUCGUGGGUGAUUUGCCUGCUCAUAAGACUAUAUCGGUCGUAAACUUGACACCAAGCAACAACCGCAAACCAAUUCUGUUCAAAAUCUCCGUUUUUCCUAAAGAAAUUGGUUUUAGCCACGGGAAUGGGCAGUCGGUUUCUUCAUCAUCUGAGGUCUCUAGAAACUUUUCUGGAGCUAAAUUACAAAACGUCUACCUUGUUUCUACUGUAGAUGGUCUUUUGCAUGGUUAUGAUCGUUCAUCCGGUGAUAGACUAUGGUCGCUUGGAGAACCAGAAAGCGGUUCCUUCCAUCAGGACUAUCCUUUUCAUUCUAAAAAUGAAAUAAGACAAUUUACUCCAUCAUCUCUUCUCUCAUCUUCUGAUGAUAAAUCUUUCAGUGCUUUUCAAACAGCUUCCUAUGUCUCUGGUAAUGACACUCUAUGGUUCGUAGAGCCAAUUGAAGGUGGGAUAUUGUAUGCCUUCAAUGUCAAGACGGGUUUGGUCCGAGUACCCCAUAGUCUUCGUAGUCUUGUCAAUGCUUCUCCGAUACGUCUACUAGAUAACAAUAUCUUCGUUGGAAGUAAACAGACAACACUGUUAACCAUAGAUGCUUUAAGUGGGAAGAUAUUUUCACAGUACGAUUCUAGGGGAAAUAUUGAGGGUGUUCGUUCUACGGUUUCUUCAUUGUAUAGUUCGUCGUUACCCAGUCAUUUAUCGAAAGCAGACGAUUCAAGUCAGUCAAAUGAGUAUGACUAUUAUCAAAUGAAAUCUGAUGAUGCAGUUGAUUCUCUGGAUAUAUUGGAUGAAAAUCAACGAGAAGCUUCACUGUCAAGUAAAGCAGUUAUAGAUAUCGCCAGAACUGAAUAUAAGGUCAGUAUUUAUCAAGGAGCCUCUCUUCUUUUGGACAUCAUCUUUGUAGAAUGGAGCCCUAGCAAAACUGACUUGAUCCAUAGUUCUUCAUAUCGGACCCCCUUAGAUUCCAAAUUAGCAUUUCCUAAUGCCGAAGAUGAUUUAAUUAUUUUAGAUUUAAAACAGAAACGCGUUGUUCAAAAUAUAAAUUUGGAACUUCCUGCCACUUCUGUCUUCGAUGUUGUGUCAUUUCCUGAAUUAUCCGCAGAGGAAUAUAGUCAUUAUCCUAAUUCUCGUUUACUUCACCAACCAAUUGAUGUGUUCAUUCAAAAUAUGUUUCCGAAUUUGUUUUUAAAUAAAACUGAAAACGUUUAUCUGAACACCCUUUCUCCUUACAAUUGGUACGCUAUGUCCACGAAGCAAUUUCCCCUCGUUUCCGCAAUUCCAAAUGCACCUUGUUAUUUGUACCAGGGAUCGCAUGUGCCUAUAAGUAGUAUAGUAGGAUUGCAUCCAUUGAGGACGGCAGACGUCCCUUUGUUAUCCUUACCAGCUGAGUGUUUUCCCGAGUAUUAUUUAGAGGGAAUUGAUUCAAACGGAUUGACUCUUUCGUCGGAUCAAAGUCAAGUCCCUCUGUUAGACGCUGGUGAUUCCGGCUCACCUUACACAAUAAUGUACUGGAGUAUUCCAGUUAUCAGUAUUACUCUAGUCUCUGGUCUGUUUAUUUUUUUCAUACUUAGACAAACGUUUAAUUCUAAUGAUCAUAUGCCAGAGAGUUCCAAUAUUGCUACAACGGAUGUGACAAAGGUUGAUAUAGCUAGGCGACGCCGUAGAAAUCGAAAGAAGAAAAGAACGGCUACAGAUGAACAUGAACAUGCGAUAAAUGCAAUCGUCGAGAAUUCGACGUUGACGCAAGCUGACGAUACCAAAACAGUUGGAAGCAUAGGCCCGAUUAUCCAAAAAUCUACCAACCAAAAUUCUGACGGCUCUUUGACGCUAAAUUCGUUAACUAUCUUUCCAGAUAUACUUGGUUAUGGAAGCCAUGGGACAAUUGUGUAUCGAGGAAAGUACGAAGAUCGAGAUGUCGCUGUCAAACGGAUCCUUUUGGAUUUUUAUGAAUUGGCCACAAGAGAAAUACAACUAUUACAAAAAAGUGAUGAUCAUCCAAACAUUGUUCGUUAUUAUUGCAGGCAGCAAAGCGAUAAAUUCCUUUAUGUCGUGAUCGAAUUAGGUGAAUGUACCUUAGCUGAAGUAAUUGAGCAUCCCCUUGUCUAUAAUGAAAUGGUACAGGAAAUCGACAGAAUUUUUUUGUUGUAUCAAAUUGCACUUGGUUUGAGGCAUCUGCACAACCUGGAUUUGGUUCACCGUGAUUUGAAGCCGCAAAACAUAUUACUUUCCAGAAAGGUCACAAAAAACUCCAAUUUGGUCAUUAAGCCUUUAAUAUCAGAUUUUGGUUUAAGCAAAAAAGUGAAUUUUAAUCAAAGCUCAUUUCAUAAUACUACAUUUGAAGCAGCUGGCUCAUAUGGAUGGCGUUCUCAAGAGAUUCUUCGAGGUUUAAUAUCACAGGAAGCGAAAGAAAUUCACUGUACUAGUCACGAGGGAAGGAUUCGUCAAGCAAGUCAUGCAACUGAUAUUUUUGCUUUAGGGUGCAUCUUUUACUUCACUCUUUCUGGUGGUAAACACCCUUUCGGUAACCAGUAUGAGUGCGAAUCUAAUAUAUUAAAAGGGGAAUACGAUCUUGAAGACCUUGGCUUGAUGGGUGAAUAUGGAACCUUGGCUGUUGAUCUAAUAUCAAAAAUGAUCAGUUUCAGUCCUAAGGAUCGUCCAACCAUUGAGAACGUGGUUAAUCAUCCAUUGUUUUGGAGUUAUUCCAAGAAACUUGAUUUUUUAAUUGAUGUAUCAGAUAGGUUUGAGGUGGAAGAACGUGAUCCUCCUUCUCCUUUGCUUCAAUGUCUCGAAAAUAAUGCUAUAUUAGUUGUUGGUAAAGAUUGGAUGACUGAAUUACAUAGCUCUUUGGUAGACAACCUUGGAAGGUAUCGAAAAUACGACGGUUCUAAAAUUUUAGAUAUACUUCGGGUAUUAAGAAAUAAGAGACAUCAUUAUCAAGAUUUACCGGAUGCCGUACGUGCUUUACUGGGUAGCCUCCCUGAUGGCUUUACUGCAUACUUUACGGAAAAAUUCCCGCUAUUACUUUUACAUUGUUUCAAUGUUGUUAAAGCGGAACUAAGUGAAGAACCGCAAUUUCAACGAUAUUUUAUGGCUAAUUAG